UGUUUGAUAGAUAAAUUGCGAGAAUUAUCGGCUGCUGAAGGUCAAACAAUGCGAUUGAGUAAAAUAUUCUAUGUAUUACCAUCAUUGCUAUCAGCAAUAUGUGCGUUGUCGUACUAUUCAAAUGACGAACGCGUUUAUUUAGAAAGUGAUCACGAUGUUGAUCAAUGGAAAGCGGCAGGUUGGCAGCAGAUGCAGCGCGUUCACUUUCUCGAGCCAAUUUUUCUUGCGUUUGCCGUUCGACAACAAAACAUUGCUAGACUGGAAGAGAUAUUUUGGAGUGUCUCUAACCCAAAGUCGAAAUCUUAUGGGCGGUACUUGAAUUUCGAAGCUGUGAACGAGUUGGUUAAACCGUCGAAAGAGUCUUUACGUAUUGUGAAAGAGUGGUUGAGUUUUGGUGGUGUUGAAACUCGGAGCUGUAAUUGGACCUGGAACUCAGAUUAUGUCAUUUGCAAGGUGACGGCAUUCGUUGCUGAAGUUUUGCUAAAGGGAGUAAAGUUUUAUCACUUUCAUCAUGAAAAGGCCAACCUCACUGUUGUUCGUUCCAGUGCACAUUACACCGUUCCAAAGGAAAUUUCAAAGCACUUGGAUUUCAUAGGUGGCACAUUGCGAUUUCCUGCGUUGAAUUUCGUGUCAAGCAAAGCCCACAACAGAUCUAAGACUUCUAAGUUCGACCUACGUUUCCACAUCGGCGUGUAUCCUUCGGUGUUGAGAAAAAGAUACAAUGUAUCCGAUACAGUUGGCAAACACCACAAGAACAGUCAAGCUGUAGCGCAGUUCUUGGGACAGCACUACAACUCCAUUGAUCUAGAGGAAUUCUUUACCAUUUUUGGACGUAGCUUUUAUCACCUCUCCAGUGUCACGAAAGUCGUUGGUCCGAAUAGCGGAAGGUCUGGACUUGAGGCUAGCCUUGAUGUGCAAUACAUCAUGAGUUUGGGCGCGAACAUCUCCACUUGGUUUUGGAGCACGGCUGGAAGACAUGAAAAACAAGAGCCGUUCCUCAAUUGGAUCAUCGCUGUGGGGAACACGACGGAUGUUCCAAAUAUUUUCAGUGUAAGCUACGGUGACAACGAAGACUCCUUGUCCAUCAACUAUAUGCAACGCAUUAAUGUUGAAUUUAUGAAAGCAGGAGCACGUGGAAUCACCAUGUUGUUUGCAAGUGGAGAUAGUGGUGCAGGUUGCCAUGAGAAGAUGUUUCGUCCCAACUUUCCUUGCUCCAGUCCUUAUGUUACAGCGGUCGGUGGGACGGCUUUCAACGAUCCUUUUGGGAUCGACGGUGAAUAUGGGUAUGAUAUCAGUGGUGGAGGCUUCAGUAAUGUGUUCAAGCAACCCAGUUAUCAAACAUCAGCGGUAAACACCUACCUGAAUAACUCUCCAAAACUACCAAUUGAAAGCAGGUAUGACCGUACAGGUCGCGCCUACCCUGACAUAUCAGCCGUGUGCAACCACUUUUGGAUCGUGAAUAAUCUGAUUCCAAUUCCUGGGAUAAUGGGCACGUCUGCUUCAACUCCUACCGUCGCUGGAAUAAUUGCUCUCAUAAACGACAUUCGUUUGCAGAAUGAUGAACCACCGAUGGGAUUUUUGAACCCUUUCCUUUAUUCUAAUUUGAAAUCUUUAUACGAUCCAACGACGGGAUACAAUGACGGUUGUGGCGAGCCGGACAGAGGAUUUUACGCUUUUGAAGGUUGGGAUCCAGUGACCGGCUGCGGUACUCCUAAUUAUCCUGCGCUUGCUAAGGCUGCCAUGGAAGCUGUCAGUGAUCACGUGACAGAUGCAUUGAAAGUUUAGGUGUUCCAAAAGUAUAUGUCAAUUGAAUGUGUCGUAAUAAGUUUGUGGUAAUGAAAUAGUUCCAUUAGCAGAUGUUCAUUGUUUAAAUAUAAUCACUAUGAUGAUAAAUCUUAUGAAUUUUUAGCAUGCAAAGUGCAGAUAAUUUAAAAGUACUACAGCUUAACAAAGAAUAUCCAGAUGACUAUGUGUGUAAGGGUUUCUUUUAAGACAAACUAUGAAUGAAAACUGUGUGCAUAUGGGUACAUUUCAAGAGACACCAACAGUGACAACUAUAUGUGCAUAUGGGUACAUUGUACACAAACAAUAAAUGCAAACUAUGCGAUACAUUUUAAGACAACCCCUCAAUGAAAACUACUGUUUCCUAAAGCUAACUAAUCAAUAAGAAAAUGUUGUAUGGAUGUAUUGAUGUAAUUGCAUGUUGAAUAAAGUUAAAUUUCUUGGGAAGAUAUAAA